AGUGAUACACUCCUCUCCACAUCCUUCUUCACCUUUUCAAACCAUACUGUUUCUCUGAGAGGCUUCAUCCUGGCCGGCACUAUUCCAGCCAAAGGGGAAGAGGACUUCCUGACGCUGGCCGCCUCGCGGCUCAGCCGCAGGAAACGCGUCAUUGGAGCUGCUGUAGGUGUAGCCAUGGUUCUGAUACUGUUGGUGGCCAUUCCCCUGCUGGUCCACACAACCAAAGGGAGGAACACCGGAAAUGCAGGGAGCCAUUAUGAAAUGCUUGGAAGCUGCAGGAUGGUAUGUGACCCCUAUGCGACGUCUCAGCCUGGUCAGGAGCUGACAGCUGUGUCACCACCUCCCCAGGAUUACUCUGGGAAAAAGAUAAAGUCUGGGCUUCGUGGGCCGCCAGGGAUCCCUGGCCCUCCAGGAGCACGUGGACCCCCUGGAGAGCCAGGCAAACCAGGGCCACAGGGACCCCAAGGUCCAGGUCCUGGUGGCUAUUCUCCCUCGCUCUACACUCCCAAAAUUGCAUUUUACGCAGGGCUACGCAAGCAGCACGAGGGGAAUGAAAUACUGAAAUUCGAUGAUGUGGUGACCAAUGUAGGUAACUACUAUGAGCCCAGCACCGGCAAGUUCACCUGUCCUCUGCCUGGCAUCUACUUCUUCACCUACCAUGUUCUAAUGAGAGGUGGUGAUGGGACCAGCAUGUGGGCAGACCUGAAGAAGAACGGACUGGUAAGAGCCAGUGCCAUCGCUCAGGACGCUGAUCAGAAUUACGACUACGCCUCCAACAGUGUGAUCCUGCAUUUGGACGUGGGCGAUGAGGUGUGUGUGCAGCUGGAUGGAGGGAAGGUCCACGGAGGGAACACAAACAAGUACAGCACCUUCUCCGGCUUCCUCAUCUACCCAGACUGAAUCUAAUCCUCACUUGCAGAGAAUGGACACCAACACACACAUAAACACACUCACACUCACACAGACAUGUAUGUAUGCAAAUUAAAGCACACACACACAGAGAGAUGCACGCGCAAAAUGCCUGCAGUGCACACAAAAAUAUAUACAGACAUAUGCAAGCAAGCACAGACACACACACACACACACACACACACACACACAAUACAGACAUCUUGAGAUUACAACAGAUUACAGAAAUGUGGAUGGAGUGAAUAUCAGAGAUAAGUGGCAUUAAGUGGAAUUGUGUGAUUUUGAGCCAGUUAUCAAGAGCAACUGCAUUUAUUGGCGCCCUUUGAGUGCAAAUAUGAAUUUCAGAAGAUGUACAGUAUAGGUGCACAUAAUAAUUGCACGUUGUGGCUCCGAAAUAUCUAAAAUACUUUAAUGUGUUCCAUAUUAACUGACAUUGUGAGAACUAGAAUAUAUCAAACACCAUGAGUCUGAUUGUUUUUACUGCAAUAAUGGUGUUGAGGGUGCCAUUAAUCAAGAUGACUAAGCUGAGGCAAAUGCACACCUACUGUAUUCCAGUAUUUACCUUACAGUAUUCAUUUCUGCUCUCCAUUCUAGUGACCUCUGAUCGACUGGCCUAACCUAUAUUUUGCAACUCAUCAUUGUAAAAUAUUUAGCCCUCAAGUGAAUUACGCCAGUUGGAAUUAAUUAAUCCCUGUUGUGAUUCACCCUGUGUUUGGGGCAGUACUGAUUAAAAAGAGGCCAUCUGAAUAAACACAGAUGUUUGACCUUUCUGUCCUGUUUCCAUCAUGACACAGGAUAUCACACAGCAAGAUAAAACAAUGCAUAUUUAUAUUACAAGGCAACACAUUUUAUGGAUGGCACUUGUGUGUGAUGAAGUUCUAAUUGCCAAGUGCAUUAUUGACAAUAUUGUGUGUAUGUGUGUGUGUGUGUGUGUGUGUGUGGGGGCGGGGGGGUAUGUCAGUAUGUAUGAGCGGAUAUAUAGAUACUGUAAGAUAAUGAGGCAGUGAAAAGUAACAGCUGCACUGUUUUAUUUACAUUAAAUGUUGUAUAAUACAUUACAGACACGUUACUGUAAUUACACUGCCAUACUUACUUAGUACUUUAUUUUUGAGAGACCCUGUCAAAGUAUCAUCAUAUGUAUAAACAGUAAUCCUGGGAUGGGCUAUCUGGUAUGUUGAAUAGGUUGAGCAGAUAAUUGCUAUUAAAAUAUCUAUACCUA